UGACUUGUUUUACGGCAUCGAUGUGCUAUAAUUUAUUAUAUAGGAGUAAUGUUAUUGUACUCGUCGUGAAAAUGAGGUAUUAUUACGGCCUCCCGGGACUUCACUAAAGUUGAGCGAAAUUUUUUGAUAAAGAAAAUGUGACGUCCGAAGACGGGAUUUGUUAGUUUCUUUGGAGCCUAUUGAGAAGUACACAAAUAGGUUUUUGAAGGGUCGCGCCGUUAAAAUGUUGGAUGAGCUCAACAUUCUGGCCACUAGGUGGCCUUUUUUGUUUACUUCGUCGUGUGCAUAGAUUUUGAUUCGUCUGUGUUCUUGCUAUACUUUUUCGUGUCUGGGAAAAUCGAAACAAAUAAUUAGAAUGAAUUGGAAUGUGUUGUGAAUUUGAAUAAAAGUGAUGGGAUUGAAAGAAUGAGUGGCGAGGAUCACAUGGAUAAACCGACUGCCAUAUUUCGUUUGCAAACCAGGAACCGCGUUCACUUACUCAACAUCUAAACAUGUCUGGUCGUGGCAAAGGAGGCAAAGUCAAGGGAAAGUCAAAGACCCGUUCCAGCAGGGCCGGACUUCAAUUCCCCGUCGGUCGUAUCCAUCGAAUGCUCCGCAAAGGAUCGUACGCAGAGCGCGUCGGUGCCGGUGCCCCCGUCUACUUGGCUGCCGUCAUGGAGUACUUGGCCGCUGAGGUCCUCGAGUUGGCUGGUAACGCCGCCCGUGACAACAAGAAGACCCGCAUCAUCCCUCGUCACUUGCAAUUGGCCAUCCGCAACGACGAAGAGUUGAACAAACUUCUCUCCGGUGUCACCAUCGCUCAGGGUGGUGUUUUGCCCAACAUCCAGGCCGUUCUCUUGCCCAAGAAAACCGACAAGCCCGCCAAGGCUUAAACUUCUCCCGUCUUUUAAUAAACGGCCCUUUUCAGGGCCACCAACUUAAUUUAGAAAACAGGAAUUUGCUAAGGGCUAUUUUUCGAACUUAGUUUAUUACACACUUUAUUUUAAUCUAGCUGUGGAAAUGAUAACGUGCAUGUUGUCUGAUUCGCAAGGGGGUACGCUUGAAUUGUGUUUGCUUCAACCUAAUUCUUGGUAUAUGAAAUGAAUGGUAUAUGGCAGUACUCCUACAAACAAAAGUUGUUAAUUAAUUACUUCAAUUUUUUAAACCAUUUCUCUUUUGAACUUACCACUGCCCUAUAACUUUCUCCUGAUGUCACGA